AUGUCGGACUUACCCGUGCAGCCGCUGUCCAUCUCGCUCGACUUUUUCGACAUGAACGACAUGAACGUCGUCGCGCACCACCACACGCCGCUGUCGUCGGCGUCGUCUUCGUGCUCGGAGCAGAGCAAAUCCCGUCGACAGUCUUCAAAGUUAAAGAGACGCAACAGCAGUAGCAGCAACAGCAGCUGCAGUCUCAAAGUGCCGUCGGCCAAGCGCCUCUCGAACGAGGAGAAGCAGGCCAAGAACCGCCUCUUUGUCAAGCGGUGCUACUACAAGAAGCGCGAAGCCCUCAAGAGUCUGCGCGAACAAGUGGCCGAGCUCGAGACCGAGUUCGCGUCGGUGCUGCAGCACUGGCAGCAGCAGCACCAACACGCCGCCGAAGCCUUUCGCGACGGCAAGCGCUGCAUCACUGGCCAAGACCUCUACGCAGAGCUCACGACCGUGCGGGGCGCGCUCAUUGAAGAGCAGCAGCAGCUCAAUGUGCGACUUGCGGACCGCCACCUCUUCCGCCAACGCCUCCAGCAGCUCUACGAACCUACGCGCUGA